AUGAAAAUUAAAUAUGCAAUUUUUAUUUUUAUAAUUUGUUGUUGUAAUAUAUUAUGUAAAGAAGAAAAUGUGAAAAAAUUGGAAUGCCAAGGUGUGUAUAUUUAUACAGAAAAAAAAAAACAAAAAGAUUUCUUUUUUGAAAAACCUCAUUUUGCAAUAUAUAAAGAAGAAAAUAAUGAUAUUUAUAAUUCGAAUGAACACUUUAAUGGAUUAUCAAUUUUUAUAAAACAAAAAGUAAAAAAUUACGAAAAAGAUAAAAAAAAAGUUUUUUACAACUUUUUGUGUAGAAUAUAUUAUGAAUAUUUCUCUUCUUCCAUAUGUGAAGACAUAUUAUUAAGUACUAACUUAAAAAAAGAGAAUAAGAAAAAGGAGAAUAAGAAAAAAAAGAAUUUUGAAUAUAUUUCUCAUUUAAGUAGAAAUAUUAAUGGAUUGUAUAUAAGUAAUAAAUAUUUUGAAAAAUUGUAUAAAAACUGUUCUUUUAAUAUUAAUAAUUACAUAAAUAAAAGUUGUUUAUCUCAUAAUUAUAUUCUAUUUAAUUGGAGAAAUGAAAGAGAUAUAACGAAAUUAAAAGAACAUAAAAAUAAAGAUGAAAUAGAAAAUAAAGAUGUAUGGUCUUUCAUUUAUAUAUCUAAAACUGAUUUAAUAAAAGCUCAUUUUGGUUUUUAUAUGAAAAAAUUUUUUUUUCAAACAUUAAAAAAAAAAAAUAAAGGAAUUUAUUUCCUUUUUGAUUUUUUUAUUAGGAAUAAUAUUUUAAAAAAUAUAUCUAUAAUAAAUUUUAUUGAGAAGGUAUAUUUUGAUGAAAACAAAAAGGAAAAUUUCCAAGGAGAUUCAUUAAUAUAUAAAUAUGUAUUUAAUAUUUCUUUUAGUAUGUAUAUUAAAAAUUAUAAAAAUAUUGAUAAUAUAUCUUUUUUUUUUUCUAAAUUUUAUUGUGAAGAUAAGAAGAAUAAACUAUUUUUUAUGAAUAGUUUUUUUAAUAAUCAUAUAUAUAUCUAUUCAAAGGAUAGCGGUAAAUCAAUAAAAUAUGAAAAUAAUAUAUAUUCAAAUGGUAUUGAGAAAAAAAUAUUUUUAUUAUCUUAUAUUUAUUCCAAUAUUGUAAUUAAAAAUAAAGAGGAAAAUAUAAAAAUAUAUUCCUUUUUAAAUUACGAUAUUAAGGAUUUUCCAUUUUUGUUUCAUGAUAAUUUCUAUGAUAUUAAUGACUAUAUAAUUUAUAAUGAAAAAUUAAAUGAAAUAAUAUCUAAAAAAAGUAUAUUACAUGUUUAUGUAAAUAAAGUGAUAGAAAACGAAGGAAUGAAUAAGGAAACAAAAACAAUCAUAAAUAUUCGUAAUACAAAAAAUAAUUAUAAAGAUUUUUUUUUUUUAAAGAAAUGUCAAAUUAUUGUAGUUGAUUUGUAUCCUAAUAAUAUAAUAAUAGAUAAAGAAAAAACUGAUAGCCAUUUGAAAUUUUCAUAUGUUGAUAUAGAAAACUAUAAAAAUGAGUCAUCACAUAUUAUAACAAAAUAUGAAAAUGAAAAUUUAUUUAAAAAAAUUAAUUAUACUAAUAUAAUUAGUAACAUAAGUAAUCGCCUAUAUUUGAAUUUAGAUAAUGUAAUAACUUAUAAAUGUAAUAAAAUUUCUCAAAAAAAAUGUUUAGGUAAAUUAUAUUUUUAUAAAAACAAUUUUUCUAAUAAUAUGAAAAAUGAUGUAUUUAUAAAAUAUGGAAAAAGGUUAAUAAAAAAUAAUGGUGUUCUAAAAAAAAGUUAUAAUAACGAUGAACAAAAAGUUUUAAGUAAAACUAAAGUACAUAAUUGUUUAAAUUGCAAUGAUAACUAUUUCACCUUUUCAUAUAAAACUCCUUUACAUAGUCGUUAUGUAGCCCCUUGUUAUAAAAAUUUAUGCACAAAUUAUGACAUAGUAAUUAUCUCCAAUGCUAAACCUUUUCUAAUGUGUAAAGAUAAGAAUAAUAGACAGAAUAACAGAUUAAAUAAAAUAUAUGAAAAUGAUUCAUAUGGAAUUAAUAAUAAUUAUAGUAAUAUUACAAUUUUUGCUGACUCAAAGUAUGUUUAUAUAAAUAAGGAUGAAAACAUUUUAUCUGUGUAUACAAAAGAUUUCUAUAUAUAUUUGAAUGAAAUUUCAUUUUACUCUUUUUUUAAUCAAAGAAAAAUGGAGAAAACAAAAGAUGAUAAAAUAUUACCUUCCGAAAAAGAAGAAAAAAAUGAUUACAUAAAUGAAAUAGAAAAUUUUUCUGAAGAUAAUAAUUUUUUUAAUGAUUUUGUAUAUAUAAGGACUAAAAAUAAUAAAAAAUAUAAAAUAUUUAAUUUCAAUAAAAUUCAUAAUGAUAAAAAACUUCCGUACAAUAUUAUAGAAGCAAAUAAUGUGAAAAAAUUUGAUAUCCCUAUAUACUAUAAUUUUUAUUAUUCUAAAAAGCCUUAUUCUGAUAUUGUAUAUUUAUAUUCAAUACCUAGAGGUAAUGAAAAUUAUUUGUUUGUUUUAUAUUUAUCUUCAUUUGUUUCAUUUUUUUUAAUUAUAUGUACUUUUUAUAUAUCAUAUAAAUUUCCUUAA